GAAUACAGUCUGACAUCCAUUUCCUGCUAUUCAUUUACGCGAGCCGUGCAGAACAUGCCACCUGCUACCAACGAUUUGGAUAAUGAAGCAUGUACUAAGAAGCUGGUACGACCAUUAUUCUCGACCGUAUCUUUCGAACUAUGAUACAUUAGUAACGAGAGAAAGCUUCUUAAUUCUAUCACUUCAUCUUUUGAAAUUGCAAACUCAAUUCCCGACACCUCCAAGAACUUUCACAUAAGAAUACAUGUACCGAUCAAGUUGACAACUUGUUCUUUGCAUUAAAUCAUGUGCAAACACUGUCCUCCGUUAAACCCUUGGGAAGACGGGUAUCAAGAUACUCGAGACCCACGCGAUGGAACCUUCGGAAACUUCAGCCUACUUCCAAUAGAAAUUCAAUGCAAGAUCUUCAAAGAGGCAUUGCCAACCCCCCAGGUCAUCAAUCUUGCUUUUAAAAUCACCCAGUCCCGCGACCACAGCGUGCGGAAAAUCUUUCGUGAGCUGGAAAUUUCCAUACCCGCAAAUCCCAGCAUGCUUCCACUACUUCAAGCCUGCGCCAAUUCACACGCCGAGGUAUAUCGAAACUUUGAGAAGAUCGAAAUUGCAAGUUUGGGUACGAACACUCCUUUCAAACUCUCAAAUCCAGUGAUGGGUAUUCCUCCACAUAUUCGUGAUUAUACAGUCUUCAACAGUUCGAGAGCAUCUAAGAAGCCUAACACGAGAAGUUAUACUUACAUGAGAGCGGAUGAAGAUAUCCUCAUGUUAGAUGCUGCUGACGUCGUCACCUUGUACAGCUAUGGUGGUACUAUUUCAAUGUCUACCGUCAAGUGUCUGGCGCUCCGAAGUGCCUCUCCUGAUGAAAUGACUUGGGAGCUUCCUGGAGACACGGUUGAUGGAAGCUAUGAGGUUCGCCGUUUGCACUAUUUUUUCAGGAUUAUCAGUUUACAUUGCCCUGCACUCUCAAAGGUCUAUCUUCUCAUUGAUGGCCGCAAUUGUUUUAACUUCAACGAAUCACCAGUCCAAUACCGAAAAUUGGAAUUACGGAUCCUAGAAAUGGACAGCGAGUUUUUAUUUGAAGACUUUAGUGGUAUGGGUGCAAAAUAUAAUUCUGAGGGAGAGUUUGAAAGAUCAACAAAAUCAAGUCUUCAACAUGAUGCCAAUUACAUCAUGGGAGAUUGGAAGCUCUAUAGGGAAGCUGUCAAUCGGAAUGUUGCGAGGGAUGGAGACGUUGUGAAUUUUUGGAAGACCAGGGAGCCAGUGGCGGGCUUAGUAGGCUGGUUCUAUUCAGAUGACCAAGAUGACCCUUCAAUCGUUCCUCUUCCUAGGAUGUAUGUACCAUCUAUGCUAGCUUGGCUACCGGCUCAUGCUGAUGGUACUAUCGUAGAUAGGUAUAAAGGAUUGACGCAGAUUUUCGACGGCGCUCCGUGGUAGAUUUAGGGAUUAAUGAGCGAGCGGGAGGAUACCUAGGCGAACAAGAUUUGAGGAAAUCCGAUGGGUUAGAAAGUCUUACAAUCUAGAAUCUAUCAGCAUAUUCAAUCA